AUGGGAAUCACCCAGACUGCGGCUCCUCUCCUGGCCACUGAGAUCGCACACCCUCGACAGCGACAGACGGCCACGGCCCUCUACAAUGCAUCCUGGAAUCUGGGCGCCAUUAGCUCGGCAGCGGUUACGUAUGCAACCAUAGGCAUAGCAAACAGCUGGUCAUGGAGAGUUCCUUGUCUGCUACAAAUAUCGUAUCCGUUAUUUCAGCUCCUAGGGCUGAUGUUAUUUGUGCCCGAAAGUCCGAGAUGGCUGGUAUCCAAGGGCAGGAAAUAUGAAGCCCUAGAUAUUCUGGGGAAGUACCACGCGAAUGGAGAUACAGACGACGAGCUGGUCCAGUAUGAGUACCGUUUGAUAUGCAGCACAAUCACAGCCGAGAUUACCGAUACCAGGAACUGGAGCUUCUUCUUCUCGUCAAAAGGCAAUAUGCACCGAUUGACCAUCUGCGUAUUAGUUGGACUCAUGCAGGAAUGGGCUGGAAAUGGUCUCCUGUCCUACUACCUCGCGCCGAUUCUCAAAUCAGUGGGAAUUACCAAGGCAGCUGACCAAGCAGCUGUGAAUGUUAGCCUCAAUGGCUGGAACUUUCUCCUUGCGGCAGCCGGUGCACUUGCAUCGGAGCGAUACGGCCGCCGCAUUCUAUGGCUUAUUUCCACGGGGGCCAUGAUCGUUUUCCUGUCCAUGUCCACACUGGCCGCUGGUCUGUUCGCCGAAAGAAAUCUUCCUGCUGCUGGAAUAGCUGUAGUUCCACUCCUAUUUCUCUUUUUCGGAGCAUAUGACAUCGCCUAUGCGCCUUUGUUCAUCUCGUAUCCAGCUGAAAUUCUACCUUUCCAGCUGCGUGCCAAGGGCAUUGCUGUCACUCUUUCUGUGGAUGCUGUGGCAUGCUUUUUCAACCAAUAUGUCAACCCAGUGGCGUUUACGGCGAUUGCAUGGAAGUAUUACUGUGUCUUUCUUGGCUGUCUGGUAGUGUUUUUGGGUCUCAUAUACUUCCUCUUCCCCGAGACGAAAGGGCGGUCUUUGGAAGAGGUUGCUAUGAUUUUCGACAAGGAGGAUGAGUUGGAGAUUGACAGUAAAAAGAAGACAGAGACAAAUAGACUUCAACAAAUAUAA